CAAAACAAUGCAGCUUUAGCUGGCCUGUGCCGUUUAGCUAGCUGUAAAUGUUAAACAAAUAAAUACUCGCUGACUUUAAAGCGUAGUUAUUUCUGUGCUUGGUGUUUAUUCAAGUUGAAUUUUAUCACGGUUUGUCUGCUUUUUAGAGUCCACGGAGCUUUUUCUGCGCUGAGGUUUCUCUCGGGCUGUUUUUGUUUGGUUCUCGGUGACGGUCGGAGAUGCAGACGGCUAACGGACGUCUGCUGCUCGGUAAGCAGAGAGCGGUGAAAGGGAGCGGUUAAAAACGAGCAACGGUUGGAAUAGAGAAAAGAAAAGAGCGUCAGGAAAGGGAGAAAAUAACGUCGUUGAUAUCUAAGACUGGUUCUGUAACGUCCUGCUCAGAGGGCUGGUAGCAUGGUGGAGUAGCUGCUGCCGUUGUUGACGCUAACGGGCUCCUCCGCCCCACACACCGCCGGACGGCUCUCUCUCACCGGGGAGGCUCAGCAUGGCCCCGGGCUCUCUGGUGGCGGCCUGCCGCAGCCUGGCCCUCUCUACGUGGCUGCUCUCCUUCUGCUUCGUGCACCUGCUGUGUCUGGACUUCACGGUGGCCGAGCGGGAGGAGUGGUACACGGCCUUCGUUAACAUCACCUACGUGGACCCGGCCACCUCGGAGCUCCGCACCGAGAAGACGGAGUGUGGCCGUUACGGGGAGCACUCCCCGAAAAGGGACGCAAAAGGGCUGCUGGUCCUGCCGGCAGCCCCGCACGAUCGCCAGGCCUGCGACCCCAACAGCCGGUUCUCUGUGCCCACUCAUGGAGCCUGGAUCGCCCUGAUAGCCCGGGGAAACUGCACCUACAAGGACAAGAUCCGCCACGCUGCAGCGCACAACGCGUCCGCCGUGGUCAUCUUUAAUGUGGGCUCUGCUAAUGCCAACGACACCAUCACCAUGCCUCAUCAAGGUACAGGUGAGGUGGUUGCCAUCAUGAUCCCAGAGCCCAAAGGCCGUGAGGUGGUGUCGCUCCUAGAGCGAAACGUGACAGUCACCAUGACGAUCACCAUCGGGACCAGGAACCUGCAGAAGUACGUGAGCAGGACGUCGGUGGUGUUCGUGUCGAUCUCCUUCAUCGUGCUCAUGAUCAUCUCGUUGGCCUGGCUCGUCUUCUACUACAUCCAGAGGUUCAGAUACGCCAACGCACGAGACCGCAACCAGCGUCGUCUUGGUGAUGCGGCAAAGAAGGCGAUCAGCAAGCUGCAGGUCCGUACCAUCAGAAAAGGCGACCAGGAGACGGAGGCAGACUUCGACAACUGCGCCGUCUGCAUCGAGGGCUACAAGGCCAAUGACGUGGUCCGCAUUCUGCCCUGCAGACAUUUGUUCCAUAAGAGCUGUGUGGAUCCGUGGCUGCUCGAUCAUCGCACGUGUCCCAUGUGCAAGAUGAACAUCCUCAAAGCUCUGGGCAUCGCUCUGAACGCCGACUGUCUGGACGACCUGCCGCUGGACUACGACCUUGCUCUGGGAGGGGUCGGUGGUGUAGGGGUGGGCGGAGUCGGCGCUCUGGCCCUGGAGGCCGUGGUGUCCGGGGCAUCAAGUGACGGCACGCUGAGCGAAGGAGGCUCCUCUGUGGUGCUCGACCCCGGGGUGAGGCGGGUGGGACUCCCACAGGACUACCAGGACCCCGACACCCUGAGAGACAGCCCGGUAACGGCGACCACAGACACCCACACAGGUGAGCUUCAGCCAAUGGCAAGCAGCGCCUCAGUUGCCUCCUUGGUCAUCACCGUGGAAACGGGUCUCUCAGACGAGGAGGGCCCCAUGGAACCGUCUCAGCAUGGGGACAAGUCCUGAGAGGAGCCAAACUACGAUCCAAGAGCCAAAGUGGACUCCUGCCGGCUCAGAUUUAAGACUUGAGUGGACGACACGACUGAAACCACAAAUGAACCAAACCUGACCGAACCGCACUCGAGCAUGACCACGGACCUGGUUCUGGGUGUUUCUCUCUGGAACUUGUAAAACCAAACCUUAUUCUGUGGUUUGCACAUAAACUCUAGUCAUGCUGGAUGUAGGGUUUAGAUUCUGUCAUGGUAGACCUUAGUUAAAGAACUGGUGGAUCUGGACUCCAAGGAAACUGACAGAUCUGGUUCAGCUUCGUUCUGAGUUUGACGAAGAUGGACCAGGACCAACUGUGGUUGUCUUCCGGUGGGUUCCUCCUGGUCCUUCCCUCGUCUUUUCUCGGUUAACUUACUGAUUUCCAACGCUAACUGGCCAACAUCUCGAGGGAGGUUGCUUCUUCUGAAGUCCGCCUGUCUUUGCUCGAGUCUUACCCAGCUCCUGUCCUUAAACCUGAAAAGACUGAAAUAAAAAGCGGUCCUUGAUUUCAAUAUUGUCAAACUGUCUCUGGACCUCCAAAGAUUAGAUGGGAAUCGAUAGGAAUCCUUCCUUACUGUCGGAGUGGAAUCGACUGCCAAAAGGAUCGGCUCUCUGAGGAACGAUCUUCUGUCUUCUGAAUCUGAGCAAUCAGCGGAAUCUUGAGAACUCCUGGUUGUGAGUUUUUAAAGUAUUAGUGAGCGACCCAGGCCAGAAAUCUGCUGGUUUAUACUUUUUCCUCUUCAGUAAGGAUUGUUUUUGUCUGGGACUCUUUAGUGGAAUAUUCAGUUUCCUGGUUUUUCCAGGUGGUGAGGCACAAAGACUAAUCAAAAACUCAAACAGGAAGUGGAAGCUGUUCUUGUUCUGGUCCUGGCAUUUGGAUAGAAAGAGUCUCCGGUCAGCUUAGCCUGUUGUAAACCUGCUGGCCGUUGUACCAGGCACUGUGUGACAACUUUGGUGACUGAUUUUCAUUUUGGAAAGACUUUCAGUUCUAACACGGUGGGCAGAGGAUUUGGUUCCUUUCUUUCUCCUAGUUUUGCUAAAAUGGUUGAUUCAUCGCAGCAGUAUUACAGCCACAGUUUGACGCAGUAUUCAACACAAUCUGCACAGUAUUUUUCUCUUUUGAACGGUCAGUGUUUCUUAUCCUUACAGUAGACAGUAUUUGAUUUAGAUUCUUUCUGCCCUCGACUGUACCGAAGCAGGGUUCCUGUGUGAAUCCUGAAAAGUACCACACUAAAAUACUACAGACUGAGUUAGAUAGUUAAAUUUCUUUACUAGAACAGUGAAGCAGGAAAUAAGGCAGAUCUUACAGUUUGGGCCUAAAAUGUUUGGAGAACCUGGGUAGGAGAGAUGCCACCAGAAUAGAAGAGUUGAAUAAAAUUCUCCACCAUCAGUGAUCAAACCAUCGUGGUUUGAAAUUUAACUGAGGCUAAUCCAUCUUGCCUGGUUAAUUUCCUGAACGGAUCAUUCGACAUCAUCAGCAUAACUAACAGUAAGAGAGAACAGCAGCGAUGCUUUUCACAGUUCUCUAUGAUCAACAAAUGAAGGAGAUAAACUGAACUAGAACAGAAGAUGCUGACACAGAUCUUAGAAAUGCAUCGAUUAGUGUUCAAGCUAACUUAUUAAGACUUUUGCAGUAAAAGUAGGAGAUCUGGUCUGUGGGUUCCUGAAUGACUCUUGAUCAUAAACCAAAUGUGGUAUUUUUUUUUACCUGGACCAUAGAAAUCAGGUGGAUUUACAAUCUCCAUUAUUAGACAUGAGGCUUUCCUUUGCUAGGCUGGCUACACACUAGACUCUUAGUUCUCAACUGGUGGGUCGGAACCCAAAAGUGUGCCAUUUUCAUUGGGUCCAACAAGUGGAUCAAACUAUGAUGUGCUUUUAUUUUGUAGUGCAUGUCUUCAUCUCUUUGUUUUUUUCAUAUCUUUUGCUCCAUUUUGAGUCCAAACGGCCCACUUUUUUAUUUGAAAAACACCCGAUAAUGAUUGAAAAUUUUCAGAAAUUUUAGUCUCAAUUGGUAGACAAGGAGGUGGAGGGUACUGGCUUGAAGGCAGUUAAGAACCACUGCACUAAACCUUCAGCUGCAGCAAAAAAUCCACGAUAUCAGAUUUCUGAUGCUGAUGUUUACAAAUUAAUCAAAGCUGAAACGGAUGUUAAUACCAAUAUAUGAAAGUAGUUCAGACUUAGGACUUCAGUUCUUUAAAUUCACUUUACGUAACGUAAAAAAAAUGAAGACAAAUUAAAGAUUUGAGCUGAUGUUGGUCUGUUGAUCCUGUCCUAAUCUCCACAAACUUGUUCCUGCAUACAGCCUAGAUUUACCUACAAUAUAUCUUUAAAUGCACCAUAUUCUAAAUGUUUUGGUAGUAGCAGAUAUGAUCAUUUCUGCCGAUUUUUACAACCAAUAAUUUACGUAUAAAAUCUGCCCAAAUCAGCUGUGUGUGUGUAAGUUAGUGGAGUUCAAGGCUGGACUGACAGACCUAUGUUUUCAUCAACAUUCCUCACACUUUAGAGCAGGGGUUUCAAACUCAGUCACAGCAGGGGCCUAACCUGAAGGCCUAACAGGGUCACCUUUUUAACCAUAAACUGUCAACCUCAUUUUCACCAGUAAUAAAAUAUGAAA